AUGGCUAAUCUACAAUCCUCCUCGUUUUCGACCACCUACGAUGUGUUCCUUAGCUUUCAAGGUCAUGAUACUUGUAAAGGUUUUGCUGGCGAUCUCUGCAAAGUACUGAGUAAAGGACGAAUCAGCACCUUCAUGUGCGAUGAGGAGCUUUUCAAAGGGGACGAAAUCCCACCGGUACUUUACAAGGUCAUCCAUGAGUCCAGGAUUGCCAUUAUCGUCUUCACUGCGAACUAUGCUUCGUCUUCAUUUUGGUUGGAAGUACUAGGUCAUAUCGUUGAAAACAAGAGUUAUGGACUUAUUCUUCCGGUUUUUUAUGAUGUUGAUCCUUUUCAUGUGCUAAACCAAAGUGGAACUUCUACUCAGCUAUAUCCCUUACUCCUUAAUCUUAUUAGGUUGCAACAAUUUAACCCUAGAAAUUUGGCUCCAAAAUUGUAG